AUGAAUCCCAACGUAGUAAAUGAUUAUGAUCUGCUCAAGAGAUUUUGCAACAGUAGUGAACCAGAAUACCUCUCUCGGUUGUGGAAGUUAGUAUACAACUCAAAUCAGCAAAACCUGUACAGCAAACCUAUGCCGUGGAUUGGGAUCUAUGUCGCCUUAGCAUCUCUGUUUUGCAUCCUUGCAAUGGUGGCUGAUUUAUUCCAUGGUCUGAAGAACAGAAAGCUCUGGUUUCCGUGUAAAUAUUUCACUCUGAAUGCUGCUUCUCUCACUGUGAUAGCUGUUGCAAUGAAGCUGCCCAUGGAUCUAAGUAAUCUAAUGCCAGGCUAUGUUGACCAGGCUGCAAAGAUUGGAAGCACGUGCUUUAUGUGCACCAUGCUGGCUAAUCUAUUGCCUUCUCUAGCAACCAUGGACAGCAAGGAACUUGUCUCAAACAUCAUAGCUUUAGCUGUUCUUGUAAUCACCUUGGCUGUGAAUGUUUGCAUUCAAAUAUACACCGGGAUUUUCUUCUACAGUUCAUAUGAUGCUGAGAACUUUUAUACUGAAAUUGGGUUCUUUGAGAGAGUUAUUGGUGUGGUCAUCUCAAUUCUAAAGUCCAAAGAGAUUCUAGAAUCUAAAUACCAAGCAGCUCAUCAAAAAGCUCUAAAGGAUCACGAGCUGCAACAACCAGGAAGAGUAUUAACUCUUGAGAUGCUAAAGCAGCAUGUCAGCAACUAUUGGAUCAUGGCAGGAACUGGAAGCCCCCAAUUCAUGUCAGCUUGCUCUGCUACCACCUCUGCUACAGGGGUAAUAUGCGCUUUAAACGCGGGCUUCUUUACUUUGCUUGUGAUUAUUAAUAUCCGAUAUCUAGGGAAGCCUGAGUCGGAUUAUAAGUGGUCAGUGUUAGCGAUUUUCAUAAUACAGUUUAUCAGAGUCAUAUUGGGUACAAUUGCCCCACUUGCCAGAUGUUUCGCAGCCUUAAGCUUCAAGUUGUCACUAAAAUGGAUUUGGAAGCACGUCAAGGUCUCUAAAGUAGAGAGCUUUUGGACACAGAAGUUGUAUGAUUGGAAAAAGAGUAGCAUACCAUUCCCAUCCAGUAGCCGCAAAUGCAAGAUCGUCAUCCAGGUUUUGAAAAUCCUAAGUCUCAGCAUUUGUAUUGGAUUUCAGAAGACAGUCGUGGUGGCAUGCAAGAUGAUAGCAGUGAUUCCAAUUUUGAUAGCAGUGAUUCCAAUUUUCUUUGUGAUAUGUUUCUUGUAUUGUCUCCGUUGUUGGAAGUGGUUAAAGGCCAUGUUUAGUGCCUCAAGCGUUGUACUGGGACAAAAUCCUGCCCAGCUAGGAAAAAACAAGGAUCUAAGAGGGUAUGUUUUGCAACUUGAAGACGACAUAGAGUUUGCUGAUAGAACAUUGAAAGGAAUGUUAAAAUCGGUAAACCGUUUGAUCCAAAAGGCUGAAAAACAACAACCCACCAAUCUUAUGAAGCUUCUUGCGGAAUCUAGAGGCUUUGAAGGGAUUGAAAAGUUUGAAAGCCAUCAUGUCCCUCCUUUAGUUUCAGAAGAAUAUAUCAAUUGUUGGAGUUUGCCAUUGGUUACUCUAACGUCCAUCGCCAUGUCUCUUCCUAACAUCCAAAAGAACAAAGUCGAUUGCUUGGUGAGUGGUGUGAGUGAAGGUCUUGUAUAUGUCAAACUUGUGGAAGAAACCCUCAACGCUACUGAUGAUCAUGUAAGAAUUCAAAAGGCAGCUAAAACUUUGUGGGUAGAAGUUGAAGUAUACCACAAAUGGUUAGGAAACAAGCUUCCAAUAUCUAAGCCCAGAAUGAAUACACCAGAACAUAUUCUUCAAUGGUUAAGGAAUACAGCUAAGAACAUGGUCAUCAAGGUGGAAAGUAUGGAUAUCAGAGGCCAAAACGAUAAUUCCAAAUACAGUUCUAUUUGUGCCAAUUCAAUGUAUCGUAUCACCGAAACAAUCCUGCUCUCAUACCACGAGAACAUUGACGAGAUUAGCCAAGAGGAACUAUUUGCCCUGUUAUCAUCAAUGAUUGCCGAUAUAUUAGCUGCUUGUCUCACCAACUUGCCCCAAGUCAUUACAAUGAAAUGCCACACAAGUGCCAUAGAGAAAAGGGAGGCGAAUGUCCGAGCUGCUGCCCAACUUCUUGGUGAGAUUACAAAGAUAAUCAAUAGCCUUCAAGAUCGUGAACUUCCAAGUUUGAAUCCAAAGGACUUGGCUUUUAUUGAUAAAUGGCAUUCUUACUUAAAGCACCCUUUUCCUUGA